UAAAUCUCAUCAACAUAAUAAUUUAAAUUAUUUUAAGUUUGCACACAUACAUAAUGUACCUAUAUAUAUGCAUACACAAUAUGGAACCUUUAUAUUCUGCUUCCUUCUCUAUAACUGAGCACACUUGAGGGGAGUUUGUAAGCAUGUCUAUGACAGUGGAGAUAAGAGUUCCAAACUUGGAUUGUGAAGGAUGUGCUUCUAAGCUUAAGAAGACUCUACUCAAGCUCAAAGGAGUGGAAGAAGUGGAAGUAGAGAUGGAAAGCCAAAAAGUGACGGCUCGAGGAUACCGGUUAGAGGAGAAAAAGGUAUUGAAAGCGGUACGACGGGCCGGUAAGGCAGCUGAACCGUGGCCAUACCGCUUAGGUAAUAGCCACUUUGCGUCUUUCUAUAAAUAUCCAUCUUAUGUGACCAACCACUAUUACUCCGAUGCCCACCGUACGGAUCCCACCGGUGGUGUCCACACUUUCUUCCACACUCCGGCCGUUUACUCCGUUGCAGUGGCCGGCGAUGAGAUCGCGGCUUCGAUGUUUAGUGAUGAUAAUCCACAUGCUUGUACCAUUAUGUAAUCUAUUUUCCAUCAUAUACAUAAAAAUGUUUUCUUUGCACCUUUUUAAAACCAAGUGAUUCCAAACCCCAGACCGUACUGGGAACUAAGUAAUGUCUGGUACAUGUGCUAUUUAAGACAUCUACCGUGGCCAACCACGAAUUGUUCAUCUUUGUCCACAUUUGAUUUUGAUUUUUGAUAUUUUUCUUAUUUUGUAUUGAGAAAGUAAAUCUAAUACUUCUUCUUUUA